GUCCAAGCAACUUGAUUAUCACAGCCUAAAAUCAUUAAUAAAGAGCAUUUGAAAAUAUCAAAACCGUCAUGUCCUCUGUUUCCCAGGAGCUGAAAGACACUUCAGUCGCCAGCUCCAAAUGGCUUGAUGCUCACUAUGACCCAGUCGCCAAUCUAUACACCUUUUCCUCUUGCAUUGCUCUUUCAGAUUUGCAUGGAGAUGGUGAGAAUAAGCUGGUGGUGGGUGAUCUUGGCACAGGAGUGUGUAACGUGAAGCUAAAGGUGUACCGUGGCACUGGUGUUUUGAGUGAAAGCACCCUGCUGGACUUGCCCACUGGCCUAGUCUCCUUCCUCAUGGACCUGCACGAGCCACGAACGCCAGCCAUCGCUGUGGCCUCCGGUCCCUUCAUCUACGUCUACAAGAACCUGAGGCCCUACUUCAAGUUCACGCUGCCUAGCCUGGAGGUGAACCCUCUGGAGCAGGAUGUCUGGAGUCAGGCCAAGGAGGACAUGAUUGAUCCAAUGACGCUUAAAGAGAUGUUAGAAGGUUUAAGGGACAAAGCUGAAAUUCCACUCUCUGUCAGAUCACUACGGUUCCUCAUGCUUGAGCCACAGGAAAUGGAGAAUUUCGUUCUUCUUCACAAAGAACAGCCUAUACGUAGACAGACGGUCAUUACCUGUAUAGGGAUGUUGAAGAAGAACAUGGCAGAUGAGGAUGCAGUUAGCUGCCUGGUGAUUGGCACAGAGAACGGUGAUGUUUACAUAUUAGAUCCAGAGGCCUUUACCAUCCUCUACAAGAUGUCACUUCCCAGUACACCUAACCUAAUGGAUGUGACGGGUCAGUUUGAUGUGGAGUUCCGUAUCACUGUGGCAUGUCGCAACGGCAACAUCUACAUACUACGCAGGGAUUCCCCGAAGCCCAAGUACUGCAUUGAGCUGUCCUCUCACCCAGUGGGACUGGUGAGGAUGGGAAAGAAUGACACAUUACAAUGUUACAAUCAAAAACUACAAUGAAACACUCAAAAGGGGAAAAAGCUGUGGACGGCUUAUUUGCCAGCCCCUGUUACCGCCAUGGCGCUGAUGGACCUUCCCACACGAGGUUUCCAGGCUGUGCUGGUGGGUCUGGCCAACUGUGAAGUACACAUGUACCGAGACAAAAAUCUCAUCAGCACCAUCAAGACACCAGACGUAGUGACAAGCAUUUGUUUCGGGCGUUAUGGACGGGAAGACGGCACACUCAUAAUGACCACCAAAGGAGGUGGUUUGAUUGUGAAGAUCCUCAAGAGGACAGCUGUGUUUGAAGACAGGGACUCGGCCCCUGGACCUCCAAUAGCCCAGAGCAUUCGUCUGAAUGUGCCCAAGAAGACCAAGCUGUAUGUGGACCAGACCUUGAGGGAGCGCGAAAAUGCAGUUGCCAUGCACCGAGCUUUUCAGAUGGACCUGAGCAGGCUGCGUCUCGCUGCAGCACGGGCCUAUGUCAAAGCCCUGGAGUCCAGCCUCACGCCCAUGAAAGCGACAACAAACCAAGAGCUUCCUGUUUCUGCAAAGGUUCAAGGGUUGGGCCCAUCCUUCAAGCUCACACUGAACAUCCAGAACACUGCAUCGUGCCGUCCAGUCAUGAACCUAGCCAUCAGUUUUCUGUACGAUGAAAAUUUGUACAGCAUGAGGACGGCCUUUUUCAAGAUCCCCCUACUGGUUCCAGGGCUGAAUUACCCCAUUGACACUUUUGUGGAGUGCUUGAGUGACAAAGGCAUCUCUGACAUCAUCAAAGUGUUUGUGCUGAGGGAAGGAAAGAGUGCUCCUCUCCUCACCGCCCACAUCAACAUGCCUGUGAGUGAAGGACUUGCACUGAACUGAGAGCGAAUCAGAAACGUCUAGCUGAGCUUCACAGGCGUCUUCAACUCUUGCUGUGCUCCUAGCAACAGUUAGGCUUCUCCACAGAGCUGCCUGGAACAGAGAGCUUUCCAUCACAUGAGUUAAGAGAAGCUUGCGCUGGCCAUAGAGCCAGUGCUUCCUGUAGCUUAGACCAGGACUGAGGGAGGCGUGUCCUCACACCUCUGUACCUUUUAAUGGCUAGUGACUGGAGCUUUUGAUUGACAGCUGCAAGGCCUAGCGCUCCACAGGUCAUAUAGUUCGGAUGUUAGAGAUGUUCCUGAUGUUUACUUGUGGUAGCCAUGUAUAUUUAUAUGUAAAACAUAUUUAUUCUUGAUGUAAUGAUCACACAUUUUAUAAUGCAAUUAUGAGGAUUUAUUGACUCACUUUUGUUUUAAUAUAUAUUGAGAAUCAUUGCAUGAAACAUUCUGUUUAAGGCAAUCUGGUAAGAAAAAUAUUAUUCACUACUUUUAAAGCACACACUCGAAAGUAAACAAGGCACAAGGGUGAAAGGUCACAGGAGAUGAUCUCAGCACAGAGCUGUGAACGACUGACUCUUUGCUAAGCCUCGAUACUGACCAAUCCUGCCUUAGCAACUUCACUUAAAUUAUCAGAUAAGCGUUUGCUCUUCUCUUCUGUAUGUCUAUGGAAGUGUUUAAAAUUAUCCGGGUUUACAGGUAAUAUAAGUGACAUGUUGACCCAAAGAGGGUGCGCACCGUAUUUUUACAAGAAAAAAGCUCAUCUGAGCGAGCAUUAGUAUCCAGAAGGGGCAGAGCUUAGAGAAAGUUCAGUUCUCUCUCUUUCACAGAUUCACAGUAUUUUUCUACACUACAGUGACAUACGUUCAACUGUUCUUGCGCUCAAAUAUAUAUAUAUUUUUUUGUCAAAAUACUGUUUGCAUGCAUGUAAACUUUAUAUACACUACAAUUCAAAAGUUUUGGGGCAGAAGGAUUUUUUAAGUGUUUUUGAAAAAAGUCUCAUGCUUAUCAAGGCUGCAUUUACUUGAUAAAAAAUACAGUAAAAACUGUUAUAGUGAAAUAAUAUUAAAAUGCGAAAGAAGUUUUCUUUUUAAAAAUUUGUUAAAAAUGUAAUGUUUUCAUGUGAUAUCAAAGCAGAAUUAUCAGCAGCUGUUAGAAAUCAGUCAUAUUAUGCUGAUUUGGUGAUCAAGGAAUUUGGUGCUUGUAUUAUUCUCAGUGUUUGCAGGAUUCUUUGAUUAAUGUAAAGUUUAAAAGAACGGCAUUUAUUUGAAAUUAUCACUAUCACUUUUGAUCGGUUUAAGGCAUCCUUACUGAAUAGAAGUAUUAUCAUAUUUUAAAAAAAAUCUUUCUGAUCCCAAACUUUUGAAAUAUAGCAUAAGCACUGCUUUUUCUGAGUAUAUCCAGUUGAAUGUUGCAUCUCAGUGUUUGCUUUCCUUUCCUUUUAUGCUGUAUGAAAACUAAAUCGUGUCAUAUAGCUGAUAGUAUGAGUUCCUUAUUGCCAGUCAGGUACCCACUUUGUAAAUACUAAUGAGGAUACAGGAGGCAGAGGAAGGAAGGACAGAGGAAGAGGAACAUCCAUCUAAGUAAACAUAGUGAGGGUGAUCCACUAUAAGAAGAAAGGAAGAAAACAACAGGGAGGGAAAAUGUUGCAAACAUAUAUUACUGGCUACAAAGAGACAAUGAAAUUUGCUAUUGAAAUUUCUAAUUACUAAUGAGCAGUUAAGACCAACCUGGGUGAAGCUGAAGGAUACCAAUCCAUCUUCAUCAGCGUCCAUUGCUUUAAAAGUUUCUGUUGGAAUAAAAAGUGAACUCUAACACA